AACAACAACAAUCAUCUCUAGCCAACGACGCCUACGCCGGCAAAUUCCUCCAAAUAAAAGUUUGGAAAUAUUUAUUCUGCUUUAAUUAGGAAAAACCUGUACCACCAUGAUUGAGACUCUAUACAGCUUGCCCUUCCACAUUCUGGUGCCGCCAAACAUCAAAGUGCGCAAAUUCAGCAUUCCCAUGCCCUCGCCCAUGGCCGUUUUCAGUGUGAUUUUACUCUCCUACUUCUUGGUAACGGGAGGCAUUAUUUACGACGUGAUUGUGGAGCCGCCCAGCGUAGGAGCUACUGUGGACGAGCACGGGCACUCACGGCCUGUAGCCUUUAUGCCGUACAGGGUGAAUGGGCAGUACAUCAUGGAAGGACUGGCCAGUAGUUUCCUCUUCACAAUUGGCGGCUUGGGAUUCAUCAUCAUGGACCAGACCCAUGCCCCUGGAAAGACAAACCUGAAUCGCUUGCUGCUUACCGCUAUGGGAUUCAUUUUCAUCCUGGUCUCGUUCUUCACGACCUGGCUGUUUAUGCGCAUGAAGCUGCCCAGCUACCUGCAGCCCUAGAACAUCUACUAAAUCAGGUUCAGAGUCGCCCUUAGAAACAGAGAAAGCAUAAACUUGACACCGAAACGAUCAAAUAAUCCUUUCGAAUAGUUGAGAGUUGUAACUCCAACCAUCUACCAAUUACAGCCAUUUCUAUUUAUAGACAAAUAUAAGCCCAGACAGCCUUCAAUAAAAGUCGUUUGAACAUUCC